GAAGCGUGAGGAAGGGAACAGAGUCCACUUACAGGAGAGGCCAGAUCCAUCCCUCGCGACUCGUAGGAUGGAGGCCACGUGAUCGCCUAUCUGCGCUCCCGGCGCCGCUCUAGUACGCAAGCGCCGCGGGCGACAAUGUCACGUGGUUUUGAUAGCGCGUCCCUGUCGCCGUGGCAACGGCGCCACAAUAGGCUCCACAGCAGAGAGAGCGGCACCAGAGCAGUCAUGAUUCCGCCCGCGGACUCGCUGCUCCAUUAUGAGACGCCGGUGCUGGUCAGCCGCAACACUGAGAAGCGAUCGCCCAAGGCUCGGCCGCUGAAGGCCACCCCGCAGCUGGUGCUGCCCUCCGUGCCCGUCCCUCCCUCCAAAGGCAAGGUGCCGCCGCCCACUGUAGACCCCAGCAAACAAGCGGAGGAAAUCCUCAAUGCCAUCUUGCCGCCCAGAGAAUGGGUGGAAGAAAACCAGCUAUGGAUCCAGCAGGUAUCCAGCACCCCCAGCACACGCAUGGAUGUGGUGCAUCUGCAGGAACAGCUGGAUCUCAAGCUCCAACAGCGCCAAGCCCGGGAGACAGGCAUCUGCCCUGUGCGGCGGGAGCUCUACUCACAGUGCUUCGAUGAGCUGAUACGGCAAGUGACCAUCAACUGUGCUGAGCGGGGGCUCCUGCUGCUACGUGUGCGGGAUGAGAUCCGGAUGACGAUAGCAGCCUACCAGACCCUGUAUGAGAGCAGUGUUGCGUUUGGCAUGCGGAAGGCGCUACAGGCUGAGCAGGGCAAGUCCGAUAUGGAAAGAAGAAUUGCAGAAUUAGAGGAUGAAAAGAGAGAUUUGGAGCGGCAAGUCAAUGAGCAGAAGGCCAAGUGCGAUGCCACUGAGAAAAGGGAGCUUGAAAGGCGGCAGGUGGAGGAGAAGAAGCACAGUGAGGAAGUCCAGUUCCUUAAGCGGACCAAUCAGCAGCUGAAGGCCCAGCUCGAAGGCAUCAUUGCACCAAAGAAAUAGACUUUCCAUCAUCUCUCAAGCAAGAAUUCAAGGCUUUGGGCCUUGUCUCCCAGAUUACAAUGAUUGGAGAUGUUUCAUACACUUGGGGGGGAGGGGGGGGGGGCUGGGUAGGUCUCAGCCCCAAAACAUAGGCAAAGAGCCUGUCUAGAUUUUUAAGAGAAUAAAUCGGAAUUCUGAAACUCCUCUGGGGAGACAGAAGCUGUC